UCUAGAAGUCAGACAUGGCUGUUUCAGUUAGUAAGCAGUACAUGACAAGUCUUGUAGUGAUCUUGCUCUUCAUCUCCUUAUCAUCUCUCUCUCCAACUUCAACUUCACACAGCUGUGACCCUGUCGAAGAAGAAGAAGAAGCCUCCUCCUUCGGUUACGUUUGCCACUCAAACCUCCAAAAGUGCCACACUUUCGCCAUUCUCAGAGCCAAACCUCCCUUCUAUUCCCUCUCGGACCUGAGUCGCCAUCUUGGUCUCGACGCAGACGACGAGUAUGUUCCGAAAGGUCAGUUACUCUUGAUCCCAAUAGAGUGCAGGUGUAAUGGAAGCAUCUACGAGGCCAGUCUCAUUAAAAAUUGCGUUAAAGGAGACACCUUUCGCUCUGUCUCUCAGUCUCUGCAAGGCUUGACCACCUGCCUAUCUAUCAGAGAGAAGAAUCCACAUAUUUCCGAAGACAAGCUUGGCGACAACAUUAAACUGCGUUUGGCGAUCAGGUGCUCUUGUCCACAAGAAGGCGUUUCAAACGCUAGUUUUCUCGUUACGUAUCCGGUGGGCGUCCGCGACAGCGUUUCAAGCCUGGCGGUUAGGUUUAACACAACAGAGGAUGCCAUUGUCUCUGCAAACAACAAAUCUGGUGUGGUUCCACUCAAGCCUGCUCUCAUCCCUCUUGAUCACAAACCAGAGAAACAAGGAUCCCGGAAAAGAAAUCCAUCCAAGAAGAAACGGUCAAAGAUGAAGCUCAUGAUCGCUGUGAGCAGCGCGAUUGCUGGAGUUUGCGGUCUUGUCACUCUCAUGGUGUUUGGUUACUUACACUGGAAGAAAGAGACGCAGAUUCAAACGCAAACGCAAAAGUGGAUUAGCAACAAAGACCCCGAGACGCGGCAGCUGAGUCUGAGCAUCCGAACCACGAGUGACAAGAAAAUCUCGUUUGAAGGGUCGCAGGACGGUUCCAUCUUGGAUUCUCACAACACCGUCGGCACCACAACGCCCCGAAAACCCGUUCUGGAGAUUUACGCGUUUGAAGAGUUAGAGAAGGCCACGGAGAAUUUCAGUUCAAGCAAUCACAUCAAAGGUUCGGUUUAUUUCGGUUCGCUCAAAGGCAAAGACUUGGCUAUAAAGCAAGUCAAUGCAGAUGAAAUGAAAAGAUUCGAUUUCGGGCUUCUCAAUGAUCAGUCACACUACUAUAACCACAAUGUGAUUAGGGUUCUUGGAACAUGUUUUAGAGAAAUCGAUCAAGAUUCUUAUCUGGUUUUCGAGUAUGCAAGGAAUGGGUCCCUGUGGGAUUGGAUUCAGAACAAAUUGGCCAUCAAGAAUCAAUUCAUCGAGUCUUGUUACUGUUUCUUGGCAUGGAAACAGAGGAUCAAGAUAUGUCACGAUGUCGCCAUCGCGUUAAAGUAUAUGCAUCGGAUCAACUACGUCCACGGCAACAUCAAGAGCAGAAACAUCUUCUUGAACGAAGAUCUCAGAGGUAAAGUCGGAAACUUUGGGAUGUCAAAGUGCGUAACCAAUGAAUUAGCCACAGAAGAGAACCUUAUAGAGAGUUCACUGUCUCCAGCUUCUGACAUAUUUGCUUACGGGAUAAUCGUAAUGGAGGUUUUGUCUGGACAAACCCCAGAUAUGUUGCUUGGAUUGCAAGAAGUAGAGACAACAUCCCUUGGGACACAAGAAACUUUUGUUUCCGAAUGGAGUAGAUUAAGAAGGCUUCUCGGGGACAAGGAAAAGCUGAGGGAAGUGAUGGACAGCACAUUGGGAGAGAGCUAUUCGGUUGAUUCUGCGUUUGAAAUCGCAAGUAUUGCAAGAGAUUGUACUGCAGAAGAAGCCGAGUCAAGGCCGAGCGCGGUUGAGAUUGCAGAGAGGGUUUCAAGAUUGGUGGAUGACGAUGAAGAUGAAGAAGAUGAGGCAGUAAUAGAUAGAGAGAGUACCUUAAUUUCAGAGAGUUCAUACAAGCCUUUGGUAAAGAAGAGUAGUAUAAUAGAUUAA